CAUACAUACGUAUAUAUAUACGGUACGGUGUUAGUUUCUUGCUUCCACACUCUAACUCAGAAAACUGGCCAACCAUUUCCGUCGCAAUCACUCCCUCUGUGUGUUCGAGUUUGACCCGUCGCCACCUACCGGCAGCUUCCCAUGGCGGCCCAGCGGCCCCACCGCCACCUCCUCCGCCACCACACGUUCUUCCCCCCUUUUCCUUAAUCAUCAAAUCUCACUUUCUCAUCACCUAUAGCUAAUUCCACUUAUUAUUAUACGUGCCUUUUUCCUCCCUACUUUUCCCCCUUUUUCGAUUCGUGAAACCCUAAUUUCGAGGACGGGUUGAAGAUGUGAAAGGAUUUGGUUCAUCGAUUCGAUUCAAGUAAGCAAAGUAUGGAUUCUGGAAAUAGUGCGAGUGUUCAAUCGUCGAGCGGCGGAGAUGAAGAUUUUGAUUCGUCGAGAGGCGGCGAAUCGGCGGCGAUCUCGUCGUUUUUCAAUCCGCCGCCGAGUUUCGGUUCGAUUUCCGGUCAGAAUCCGCAGUUUCUUCUUCGACAAAACCCCAAUUUCUUCGACGAUCCGAUUUGGUCUUCUACAAGGCCGCCUCCGUACAGUUUCCCAAAUUUUGGAACUGUAAAUCCUCCGCCACCGCCGCCUCCGUCGUCGUCGCAGUUUCCUUUACAAUCUCCGGCGGCGGCGGCGCCGCGCGCGGAUGCGAAAGCUGCCGUACCGGAGCAGCACAGCCUCUCCGCCGCCGUGAAAAACCCCAAAAAACGCACCCGAGCGUCGCGGAGAGCUCCGACGACGGUUCUGACGACGGACACCACCAAUUUCCGGCAAAUGGUGCAGGAGUUCACCGGAAUUCCGUCGUCGCCGUUCACCGGUACGUCUCCUUAUUCUCGCCGCCUCGACCUUUUCUCCCCCGCCGCCGCCGCCCUCCGCUUAGGCGGCGGUGGCGGAGGAGGCGGAGGCGGUCCUUUAGACACUCUAGGUCCUCUAUACUCUCUCCGACCAAACUUCUCCCCUCCCCGUCCGUCGCCGGCGAUGCUAAAUUCCGCCAUGAUCGACUCCAUUAUACCUUCGACAAACAUUCUGAACCCUAAUCUUUCCUCCUCCGCCGGCGCUUCCGCUUCCGACCAUCUCCUAACCCUCCCCGACCUCCAGCUCGGCGGAAAUCCGUUGAUGAAUUCUUCUACAGUCGCCAUUAAUGAUGAGGAUGAGAUGAGGAGAUGGAAAAGUGGAGUAACAGUAGGGAAUCAUGAUCAUGAUGGUGGCGUUGAAGAAAACGUGGCGACAACUGAUGCUUUUGAUCAUGGCGCCAUUGACAGAAGCAGUCAUCAUCAUCAUCAUCAUCGAAAUCAAAUCAGUGGCCACAAUCAUCAACAUCAAAAUCAAAAUCAGAAUCUGAAUCGAAUUGUUGCAGGUGCAGGAGCAACAGCAGCUACAGGUUCUUCGUCCACUGGGACUCCUCAAGGUACUGUUCCGCCAUGGACGUUUCCUCAAUGAUUUGAUACUUUUUUUUUUUUUCUUAUUAUUAUAUGUGAAUUUUAUGUUAGUAUAAAUUUUUAUUUAUAUAUGUUUGUGUAAAAUUGGAAAUUAUUUAUUAAUUCAGAUUAUAUUUUUUCAGUUUAA